CCGUCGCCUGGGAAUGCCAUCCGAUUUGCCCACCCGAAAAGGUGGUAAGGCCCCGCCGCGUUUGCCAGCAGGGCUCCUCCUAUGUCUUGCAUCGCAAACACGAGAGACUACACCUAGGCCAAUGUGAGGGCCUGCAGGCUUGACUGCGUUGCACAGUGUGUAUGUACAUGUACAUGACUUCGACCGAAGACAGGUCCGUGAGAACCAUGGUCAAGCUCGACGUCGUGGGCCCCCAAAGACAUUGUGCUCACGAUGGGCCGGGCUGGCCACUUGAGUCGUCGAAAAAAGCUUCUCACUGCCCGGCAAAGCAGCAACCAAAGCCAUCUCGGCUCAUGGGGCAAAGCCAGAGUGUGGUACCUCCAGCACCAGCACACCACACGGUCGGAAGAAACAAAGCUAUUGUUUGGAAACUCGCCCCUGAUGGAAGCAUUGAAGAAGAAAAAAACUCGUCCCCCAUUGGCCUAGCCUGCCAGGUCUCGGGUACUGGAGCAGGGCAUAGCAUACCCCCAGAAGGUGGCCAUGAUAAGCAAACAAUCAUUGCGCAGCUCUGGGCUCGGUUUUUGAUUGCCAUCUGGCUAUCUCCGCAUGCGGCUUCAAGCUCAAGACAUGGCAACUCGUAUCAAAGCCAUGCCACGCUAUCCGGACGAACCUGCUCCUCCUGUUCCACAGCGCAUUUGGCGAGACCAUGUCUUGGCUCCCAUGUUCUUUCAGGCCUCUGGCACUGGCUGCUGACUUGGAAGGCUUCCUCCAAUUUCCUUCUCUUCUCCUGUCAAGUCUUUCCGAUAAUCUGUCCAGUCAACAGGGAAGGGACGGCGACACUCGGCGGUGGUGUGGGCGGAGGAAAUUCGCACACUUCACACAGGGUCGGAUAGAAAUCGAGGGUUGGGAUUGGGGGCUGGUAACGGAGACACGGCGGAAAUUUUGAGAACAGAAAUGUUGGCGGCUAUCCGCAGCACUAAUGACCUUAUCCGCGUUGUCAACCAUCUCUCGCCGUGCUUCAGAAACCUGCAGCUGGCC